GUUGUCCGGUGUCCUGGUGUGGGAAGCCUGUCUGUGAUACCGGAGCUAAAGAAGGUAUGUUACAUUUCAUGCCUUUUUUCUGCCUUAUUUCCAUUUCAUUUGCAUGCGGUAAAAAGUCCACGAGGAUUAAAAAAAAAACAAAAAAAAAAAAACAGCUGUGACUGAGAACCCACUGCUUGAUGCUUUGUGCCAGGAUGGGGAGAGAUGUCGGUGUGGUUUUGGUCGUGAUUAUGCUUGGAGCUGUAGAGUGCAUGUUCCCACCAGGAAAACCCUUCCUGCAGCGCUGCUGGUCCCCUGACAAGGAGACAUUUACCUGCUGGUGGGAACCAGGCGCUGACGGAGGGCUCCCCACCACAUACCGCCUCUUCUAUGAGAGAGAUCAGAUGGAGGGAAAGCACGAGUGUCCAGAUUACCACUCAGCAGGAAGGAACUCAUGUUUCUUUAACAAGAACCACACCGCCAUCUGGGUAGAAUACUUUCUUAAAGUGGUAGCAUCCAAUGCCCUUGGAAACGCCACUUCAGAUACCCUGAAGAUUGACGUAAUGGAUGUUGUGAAGCCAAAUGUUCCUGGGAAUGUCACUCUGCAUCUGGAGGGAGGAGAGGAAAGCCCCAUCCUUCAUAUCAAAUGGGACCAUCAUCUCAACACCCGCCCAAAAGCUGGUUGGAUCACACUUGAAUAUCAAGUCAGAAUCAAACAGGAGAAAAGCAACAAAUGGAAUGAUUACAUGUCAGGUAGACAAACCCAUUUCAGCCUGUACAGUGUCACUCCUGGGACGCUGUACAUGGUUCAGGUUCGCUGUAGACUGGACCACGGCUUCUGGAGUGAGUGGACCAACACCACCUACAUUAAAGUCCCCAAAUUUAAACCUAAAGAAAAUCACCUGUGGGUUCUCGUUUCUGCCCUCACUGUCAUCCCAUUCAUAACAACAAUGUGCAUACUGGUCAUGAAGAGGAAAUAUGUGAAACAAUGGCUUCUGCCCCCUGUUCCUGGUCCAAAGAUAAGAGGAGUUGAUGUUCAACUUCUCAAGACUGGCCGGUCUGAAGACGUCACUAGUGCUCUGAUCAUCACCCAGAGCUUCCCACCCACAGCAAACUGGAAGAAUCAAAUGGAGGACUUUUUGAUGGUGUAUGAUGAUAAUGACGGGCUGCAGAAGUCAAAGAAGAAAAGCUUCAUUAUCCCGAAUGGAUUUCACCUGGAAUCAGAAAUGCAAUACGGGGAGUUAACAGUCAUCCAGAACAACUUGAAAAACAGAGGCAAAGAAAAGGAGGAAAUGGAUAAUUUUGUGAAAAGCAAUAAGUAUCUCUCAGGGGAGAGUUUGUCUAAUCGUAAAAUUCCUACUGAUGCCAAACAGUGGCCAAGUAUGAACAAUGUGAAGGCAAAUACAACAGAUCAGACUCUAUUAAAUCAGGGAAACACUGCUGAAAACACUGCAAACAGUGGCUACGUGGAUGUUCAAGGACAUGAAGAGAAACCGCAGGUGGAUUUGGAACAGGUGGACUACAGCAGAGUCACAGAGUGGAACACUGACAAUAUUCUCAUCGUCAAGAAAGAUGACUUUUGUCUCUCAAACAGUGACUACGUAGGUGUUGAGAGGCAGGGGGAAAUGAUGCCUGAUGACUACAGCAGGGUUAAAGAGGUGAACAGUGACAACAUGGUCUUCCUCCAGAAAGAAACUGACUCCUCUUGCAGAAAAAUGGUGCAUCACAAUUCAAACCAUGCCACUCAAAAGCCAAAAAGUCCCCAUGUGACUGACAAAGUGGAGUUGUGUACGGAAUUCUUUGAUAAUGGAUAUGUAGACAACAUUCCUUCACCACAUUUAAUGUAAACUAUUGUUAACAGUCUGAUAAAGCACUGCUUAACAUGUAUAUGUGGUCUAGAAAGAGGUUUUUUUUAUCACAUGGCAAAAAAAAGCUUAUAAAUUAACUGUGGUCCAACAGAAAAACCAAAUGUCCCUUUGUGUCAACUUUUUAUAUUAACUAAAUUAACUUUUAUAGUAACUUAGGUUGAACAGUCAAUUGAAAAUUUAUCAAAAUCACAGUGAGGUGCAAUACCCAAACAGCACAAGUAAAGGUAAAAUGUGUCUCAGUGAUAAUAUAUAGAGCAUUGUGGUGCUACAGAGAUGCCCUGAACUACAGUAAGAAUGAUAUUCUGCAAAUGUAAGAGUCCUUCCAUGCCAACUCACCAGAAUUUUUUCUUUUUUUUUUAAAUCAUGUAAAAACCUCAGCAACUGAAAAAAACCUAUAGCUCUGCUCAAAAGAUACUCUCAGUUCUGAUUUUUUUUAAAAAAUAUUAUUAUUAUUAUUAUUAUUAUUAUUAUUAUUAUUAUUAUUAUUAUUGUUAUUCUUUUGUAUGUGUAUUCAAAGCUUAUUUUUCACUAGAUUGAGUCACAGUCUGUAUGAAUGUCUGAGGAGGCCCUUAGGAAAAUGUACAACCUGAAAUCAUUGAAAUAGUUGAUAUUGGGUGAUUACAGUUCGCCAGUGAAAACUACAAAGAUUAACAAUACUCAUUGUCCCCAUUAGUUUUCACUUUGUUGUAUUACUAAUAUAGCUCUAUAAGAUCGAGACGUAGGUUGGUCCUGCAAAAUGUGAGUGCUACAGAUCUCACAAAAUACAUCUGCAGAGCGAGGAAAACACUUGAUACCUCUAGUAUUAUUUGAAAUGGCUCAUUAUCGUUAUCAUUCACUGCCAUGUAGAAAAAAGUAAAGAUAUUUUUGUACUCAUUUUGUACUGUAUCAUUUAAUAUUUAAUGUAGUAAAUCGGCAUGGAAUGAACUGAAAGUGCAUAAUUUUUUAAUAUUUUCCAAUGAAAAUACAUGCAAAAAUUACCAAAACUCAUGACUGACUCAUAACAAUAAUGACAAUAUAUCACAGUGUCAAAAUGAUUGUUUUUAUAUGUUAAGCAGUUUUCCAGUGUUGUUUGUAAAAAAGAAAUGCUUUACUUUUUCUUUUCUCCUUCCCUUAAAAACAAUGUUUGACUCCUGGGGGUUGGUUCAUUCAGAUGUUUAGAUUAGACGUUGGGUUCGGUGUCAGCAUAGUGAAAAAGAACUGAUGGGGUUUGGGAUAAGGCUGGUGUCAUGUUGAAGCACGUGUCAUGAGGAAACCUUCAACGCGACACUAAUCCACUCUGAGAUGUUCUUGGCUGCUCUCAUCAGCACAAUCCCUGAAAAUAAUAAUAAUAAUAAUAAUACAUUUUAUUUAUAGGUACCUUUCAGGACACUCAAGGUCACUGUACAAAGUUGUUAAAAUAAAUAAAACACAAUUAAAAUUGCACACAUACAUAUAUAAAACAUAUAGGUAUAUAAAAUGGCAGCAGAUAAAAGUGAAAUUAUGGAAUUGAGUAGACCUGUCUGAAUAAAUAAGUCCCAAGUCUCAAGACCAAAACCGUCACUUGAUCCCUUUCACUGCAGACAUUUUGUUUUGUAAAAACUGCCCGUCCACAGACAGGUGCUAUUUGUAACAUUAACAACAGCUCUGUUCCAUUUAUCUGCCUCUGGUAAAUGAUUCUAGGAUGUCUAAAGCAUGUAAUGUUUGCUUCUGCUUCCUCUCAAAUUCUGCAUUAUCUCACAGUAAAAAAGCCUCCCAACAUCUCAAAAUCAACAAUCACAUUUCUCAGAAUUCAUCUAUCAAAACCUAUUUUCAUCUCAAAGUCAAUUUAUUAGACUUCAGACUACAUCCUUUUUUUUUUAGAAGGUAUUCAUCCCAUCUUUGUGAAUUGGAUGAAGAUCAAAUGUCACUGUAACCUCAUAAAACACGCUUUUAGCAAUAACUGAAAUCAUGUGUCAUAAACUCUUUGCACUAAUAUCUAUCAAGAUAAAAUGAUGACAUGAACUUAUUUUACCUCACUGUGACAUGAUGUGAUGUAUGUCAAAAAAUACAGUUAUUGCCUUUUAUUAAAUUCCUUAAAAAUCUUCACUGCAUAUAUUUUAUGAGUCUGGAAAGACAUGAAUGUAAACUGCAACUUGACUGGUUGGUAGAGAUAAACAACCACAAGGGGCUAAUUCUACCCGUUUAUUUUUUAUUUUUUUAGAUGUGUCUUCUUGUGUAAUGAAAUGUGAAAUAUGAAAUGUAAUUAUUAGUAAAUGUUUUUCCUUCUCAUGCUCUAAAACGGUAGGACACUGUACACUAGUAUUUACAAAAAUACAGACUAUUCAAAACAGGAGUAAAUGUUGUGUUUGGUACAAAUUUCAGCUGAUUUGAUGAUGCUCUAGUGACUAAUGUAUUUACAACAGUAAGAUAAUUAAUGUGUGCGCUCAUAAUAAACCUCACUGCUCCAAUUAAUUAUAAUUAAGAACAUACACCCAGGUCUGAUUGUUUUCUGUUUUUACUAAUUUUUUGGAUAUCAUAGAAGCAUAUGUACACAUUAAUUCCCACUAUUUUGCAUUUAUUAGCAGUGAAAACAUAUUAAAUCAAUGUUGAAUAUUAAAUUAUAAUGUGUAUUUUUCAGCUGCAGAUUCCUCUAAGUGGAAGGUGGUUUGAAGACUGAUCAUGAUAAUAAAUUACACACAGCUACAAGAUUACAAAAUAAGACAGUACUGCUAUUAAAUACUGAUUAGAGUUCAA